GUGCUGCCCGCCUAGGAAGGGUGGGGUGAGUGUUUCAUUGACGGACUGAGUACGGGUGCCUGGUAGGCUCUUGCGGAAGUCCAUGCGCCAUUGGGAGGGCCCCAGCGGCUGCUCUGUGCCCUUGUUGCAGAGAGCCUCUUCCUGGGUCAUUCCUGGAGCAGGAGCCGGACUGGGGCUGACACAGGGGCUCCCGCGUGGCCGUCUCGGCACUUGUGUGACCUCCCCGCCGGCGGGAUGUGGCGACUACGUCGGGCCGCCGUGGCCUGCGAGGUCUGCCAAUCCUUAGUGAAACAUAGCUCUGGAAUAAGAGGAAGCUUACCACUACAAAAACUGCAUCUGGUUUCACGAAGUAUUUAUCAUUCACGUCAUCCAACCUUAAAGUUUCAAAGACCCCAAUUAAGGGCAUCAUUUCAGCAGUUCUCUUCUCUAACUAACCUUCCUUUACGUAAACUAAAACUUUCUCCGAUUAAAUAUGGCUACCAACCCCGCAGAAAUUUUUGGCCAGCGAGAUUAGCUACAAGGCUCUUAAAACUUCGAUAUCUCAUACUGGGUUCUGCUGUUGGAGGUGGCUAUACAGCCAAAAAGACUUUUGAUCAGUGGAAGGAUAUGAUACCUGACCUUAGUGACUAUAAAUGGAUUGUACCUGACAUUGUGUGGGAAAUUGAUGAGUAUAUCGAUUUUGAGAAAAUUAGAAAAGCCCUUCCUGAUUCCGAAGACCUUGCAAAGUUAACACCUGACUUUGACAAGAUUGUUGAAAGCCUCAGCUUAUUGAAGGACUUUUUCACCACAGGUUACAAAUUGGUUAGUGAAGUCAUAGGAGCUUCUGACCUACUUCUCUUGUUAGGUUCACCUGGAGAAACGGCAUUUCGAGCAACAGAUCAUGGAUCUGAAAGUGACAAACAUUAUAAAAAGGGUCUGCUUGGUGAGCUCAUUCUCUUACAACAGCAAAUUCAAGAGCAUGAAGAGGAAGCGCGCAGAGCCGCUGGCCAAUAUAGCACGAGCUAUGCCCAACAGAAGCGCAAGGUGUCAGACAAAGAGAAAAUUGACCAACUUCAAGAAGAACUUCUGCACACUCAGUUAAAGUACCAGAGAAUCCUGGAACGAUUAGAAAAGGAGAACAAAGAGUUGAGAAAAUUAGUGUUGCAGAAAGAUGACAAAGGCAUCCAUCAUAGAAAGCUUAAGAAGUCUUUGAUUGACAUGUAUUCUGAAGUACUUGAUGUUCUCUCUGAUUAUGAUGCCAGUUAUAAUACACAAGAUCAUCUGCCCCGAGUUGUUGUGGUUGGAGAUCAGAGUGCUGGAAAAACCAGUGUGUUGGAAAUGAUUGCUCAAGCACGAAUAUUCCCUAGAGGAUCUGGGGAGAUGAUGACACGUUCUCCAGUUAAGGUGACUCUGAGUGAAGGUCCUCAUCAUGUGGCCUUAUUUAAAGAUAGUUCUCGAGAGUUUGAUCUUACCAAAGAGGAAGAUCUUGCAGCAUUAAGACAUGAAAUAGAACUCCGAAUGAGGAAAAAUGUGAAAGAAGGCUGUACAGUUAGCCCUGAGACCAUAUCCCUAAAUGUAAAAGGCCCUGGACUACAGAGGAUGGUGCUUGUUGACUUACCAGGUGUGAUUAAUACUGUGACAUCAGGCAUGGCUCCUGACACAAAGGAAACUAUUUUCAGUAUCAGCAAAGCUUAUAUGCAGAAUCCUAAUGCCAUCAUACUGUGUAUUCAAGAUGGAUCUGUGGAUGCUGAGCGCAGUAUUGUUACAGACUUGGUCAGUCAAAUGGAUCCUCAUGGAAGAAGAACCAUAUUUGUUUUGACCAAAGUAGACCUGGCAGAGAAAAAUGUAGCUAGUCCAAGCAGGAUUCAGCAGAUAAUUGAAGGAAAGCUCUUCCCAAUGAAAGCUCUAGGUUAUUUUGCUGUUGUGACAGGAAAAGGAAAUAGCUCUGAAAGCAUUGAAGCCAUAAAAGAAUAUGAAGAAGAGUUUUUCCAGAAUUCAAAACUUCUAAAGACAAGCAUGCUAAAGGCACACCAAGUGACUACAAGAAAUUUAAGCCUUGCUGUAUCAGACUGCUUUUGGAAAAUGGUACGAGAGUCAGUUGAACAACAGGCUGAUAGUUUCAAAGCAACACGUUUUAACCUUGAAACUGAGUGGAAGAAUAACUAUCCUCGCCUGCGAGAACUUGACCGGAAUGAACUAUUUGAAAAGGCUAAAAAUGAAAUCCUUGACGAAGUUAUCAGUCUGAGCCAGGUUACACCGAAACAUUGGGAGGAAAUCCUUCAGCAAUCUUUGUGGGAAAGAGUAUCCACUCAUGUGAUUGAAAACAUCUAUCUUCCAGCUGCACAGACCAUGAAUUCGGGAACUUUUAAUACUACAGUGGACAUCAAGCUUAAACAGUGGACUGAUAAACAGCUCCCUAAUAAAGCAGUAGAGGUUGCUUGGGAGACCCUACAAGAAGAAUUUUCUCGCUUCAUGACAGAACCCAAAGGGAAAGAGCAUGAUGAUAUAUUUGAUAAACUUAAAGAGGCUGUUAAGGAAGAAAGUAUUAAACGCCACAAGUGGAAUGACUUUGCAGAGGAUAGCUUGAGGGUUAUUCAGCACAAUGCUUUGGAAGACCGGUCCAUAUCUGAUAAACAGCAGUGGGAUGCAGCUAUUUAUUUUAUGGAAGAGGCUCUUCAAGCUCGUCUCAAGGAUACUGAAAAUGCAAUUGAAAACAUGAUAGGCCCAGAUUGGAAAAAGAGGUGGUUAUACUGGAAGAAUCGGACCCAAGAACAGUGUGUUCACAAUGAAACCAAGAAUGAAUUGGAGAAGAUGUUGAAAUGUAAUGAGGAACACCCAGCUUAUCUUGCAAGUGAUGAAAUAACCACAGUCCGGAAGAACCUUGAAUCCCGAGGAGUAGAAGUGGAUCCGAGCUUGAUUAAGGAUACUUGGCAUCAGGUUUAUAGAAGGCAUUUUUUAAAAACAGCUCUAACCCAUUGUAACCUUUGUCGGAGAGGCUUUUAUUACUACCAAAGGCAUUUUGUAGAUUCUGAGUUGGAAUGCAAUGAUGUGGUCUUGUUCUGGCGAAUACAGCGCAUGCUUGGUAUCACUGCAAAUACUUUAAGGCAGCAACUUACAAACACUGAAGUUAGGCGAUUAGAGAAAAACGUUAAAGAAGUAUUGGAAGAUUUUGCUGAAGACAGUGAGAAGAAGGUUAAAUUGCUUACUGGCAAACGAGUUCAGCUGGCCGAAGACCUCAAAAAAGUUAGAGAAAUUCAAGAAAAACUUGAUGCUUUCAUUGAAGCUCUUCAUCAGGAGAAAUAAAUUGUAUUAUAAUCCUACUCAUAAUGUAAUCGCCUGUGCAUACAUCUGAAGAAAGAAAACUUUAAAGUCUUUUGUCCUGCCUCUUUCUCUUCUGCUAUUCCACCUUUCUAAACAUACAAUAAAGUCAUGGGAUAAAAAUAAUUGAUGUGUGUUACAGGCACUUUAACCAUCAGCUGCCUUUUGAAUGGAAGAACAGUGGUAACAGCAUUAAUAGCUUAUUUUGUUGUACUGAAGUGACAAAUUGGGAUAAUAUAAUUGGUAUGGCCAUUAGGUUCAGUCCUUGAAGAUAAACUUGCUCUCUGCUUGUUGUCUUAUUUGUGGUGGCACUAGUUUAAUUCAUUAAAUGAUGUUACUCAGUGUCAGUUUCUUUUCCAGAAAUAUAAUGCUAGGUGUCUUGAAAUGAAACUUAUAGCAAUUUUUUUAAAGUUAUCAGUUGUAUAUAAAAUGAUAGUAACCCAGUAAGUCAUUGUCUGUAUCUGUAAUAGUCUAUAUCCAGAACUAUUUGGCCAUGAUAAUUCAAUUUAUAUUCACCACAUGAAAGAAAACUGGUUAACAGAAGAACCCCUCACAUAGGUUAAUUUGGAUUAUAACAAUUCAGUGUACACUUAGUGAAAGAAAUUUCAACCCUUUAUUAACAGCUUAGAAAUUUGCCUUGGAAGCUAAGUCAGUGGCGGGUUACCUAUUUGAUUCAGUUGUUGUUUUUGUACUCUCUGUAUCCAUUUGAAAUUAAUUCAUUUUUGGUGUUGUAUACUUUAAGUUAGGCUUUCUGUUAAUAGUGGUUUUUUUCCUGUUGACAGAGCCAUUGGAUUAUGACACGGGAUGGGGAAGAUUAAGGAUAAUCAGUUGACUGAUUUCAUUUAAAAUAUUGUCAAAUAUUUCAACUAGGCAUCAGGAAAAGGCUUCUUUCAUAAGACUAUUUUAAAUAGAAAUUAUUUCAACAGUUAGAAUAAUGUUUACCAUCCUACUCUUAUCUGAAUAAAGAAAAAAUUUAAAGUUUAAUUUAUUGCAGUUCAAUUACAAUAAUACCCUCAACAUUUUCAUGGGUUUCAUAAAUAUUUUUUAAUUGGCUAAAGGAGCUUAAAACAAAGAAAUAAUGCCAUUUUUUACUUAAAAUGUCUAUUUCAUUUGCUGCCUUUUCAUUAAGCCUUUAUUUUAUUAAUAAAAAUGCCCAUUGUGUGACAGUUGUUAUUUUACAGUUUACGUAAUUUUAUAGUAUUCUUGGAAUUAUUUUUGAUAACAAUGCCGUUAGUAUCCCCUGCCUUUUUUUUUUUUACAUCAAUACAUUCUUUAUUGUGACCCCUCAAGAUCUAACACUUGAUAUGUAAGUGUGAGGUUGGAGAAUAUCACACAAUAUGUCACAAACUGAGAAUUCAGUAAAUAUUUGUUUUAUACUGUUUGAUAAGAAAAGUAGAUCCAGUUUUAAGCAGCUAGUAGCAAUAUACAUUAAUUGGUAGAUAAUAGUCAAGAACCUUUUGUAUUUCUUUCAGGUCUAGGGACAAUAAUGAACAGAAAGGGAAUCGAGCUCCAUAAUGUUCUGUACAAAGACUAGGAGAUGACCUCACUGGUUAAACCCUUCUAAACAGCGCUGGCAGGUAGGGAAACACCCUCACUGAAGCAGACAUUAAGCAUGUUAAUGAACAUUUUUGCAGUCGUAAACAUAACCUUUACAACUACACAUCUAUUUCUAAAGAAAAAAAGAAAUAAGACUUUAUUCCUGUGAACUAUAGAUGGAAAAAAAAAUGUCCACAGCUGUUUUUCUACAGAUUUCUCCUGAGGAUUAGUCAGUACUGUUAUCACACCUCUUUGUAUAAAUUUUAAAAAGAUGCGGAGGAGGAUCUUCAUUUCUUUGAGGAGAUCAGUAUUGUAACUUAUAUAAAUAGAUGAUAAAAAUUAAUAUUAUUAAAAGUCCCAUACAAGGGUCCUGACAUUCUCCUCAUCCCCCUCAGUAAUAUGGCUCCUUUUUUUUUUUUUUUAGCUGAUCUCAUACAAAGCAUGCUUUUUUUUUUUCUUGAAAGCUAGGUAUUUAUUAAAUGCAGAUGUUAUUGAAAGGAAACUAAAAUUCAGUCUCAACAGUAAGCCCUGUGUGUUGUGUCUGUAGUUCAAAAAUUAGAAAUGACUCAAAUUUAAACAAAAAGGUAAUUUCAGAUAUUCCAUAUAUAGAAGUUAAAUUCUAACUAGACAAGAAAUCAUUUUUUUUUCACGUCAGAAUUUGCAAAGACUGAAGUGGACAAAACUCUCUGGAAGACUGAGCAAUUGUAAAUAGAUUAUAUCCAAAAUUAAUUCAGCCAGGAUAUAAAUUUUAAAAAAACAGUGUAUGUAAGCAAUGCACAAUAGGAAAUAAGUGGUUCUUGCUGCUUCACCGUUGAACCAACUACGCUAUAGUUCCAAGGGGAGCAGUCACCCUUUCUAGCAGUUAAAUUAUACUGUCUCGUUUGUAUUAUCCCUGUUUUCCAGACUUUAUUACAAUGGACUUCCUACAAAUUAUUUAGCCUCCAAAUAAAUGCAAAUGAAUAGUGUAAAAAUAAGUAGGGAACAUUGCAGAGAGUGGUGCUUCCUAACCUCACAAUUUAAGAAUUUUACAAAUGAUAAGAGUCAGAGUAGAGGUUUAAAAGGUAAAUUCUUUACCUAGGUAAUAAUUUUGCUUUUACUUAUUUCAGAUGUAUUUAUCUAAGAAAGAAUAUGGUAUUUUUGCUUUCCAAUGAAGGGGAUCAAAGUAGUGGUUCUUAUCUCAAUUCUCUAAGCUGGUAUGUGUUAUAGUUUCAGACACUUUAUCAGUAUGGAAAUGUGCUUUAAAAUAUGCUUAUUUCUUGAAUGAUCAUGGUUAUGUGUUAUUUAAAUAUUUAAAACUUGUUUUCACUUAUGCACUGUGAAUGAACUUUGUAUUUAAAAAAAAAAAACUUUCACACUACAUGUAGAUAAUACUGCAACUUAUAUUUUGCCUGUGCUUGAUCUAAGGUCAUUUGUGUAGAUGAGUAAUUAAAAAAUAUUUAAAUCACAGUAUAAUUCUAUUAUUGGAGAGCAUCUUUUAAAUUUUCUCUGUUUUAAUGAGGGAGAGAGGAAGAAACCUGUGUACCUAGGGUCAUUAUUUGAACCCACAGUAUAACCACAUUCAUGGUCUAAUAAGCUCUUAAUGUGGCUCUUAUCUGAAUGCUUGAAUUUCACAUGCCUUGCAUUUCACAGUUGUAAUCCAUGGUCAACCAAUGCUUUUUUUCAUAUCCUGACACUUGUCAAAACAUUUUGGUAUUUUCUUUGGUAAAAUAUAUAAAAAAUGUUUUCUAAUU